UUAGUAGUUCCGACGAAUCACGAAUGCCUCCGUGCUUGGUUGGAUUCCAUUCUGAGUUCCUGAGAGAUCGCUACUUUCCGCUUUCUCUUUCUCCUCCGACUCUACUUUCAUCGCUAUACAUGCCCUAAUCCUGAAGGAUAAAUUUAAGAUGUUCUGGUCGCAUUAACGGAGAUCGGACAAACUCGGCCAGUUUUUCCAUCAGGACUUUGUGUUUGAGCAUCAGGAAUAUGAUUUUGUCGUAUAUGCAUUGGGAAACUGCUGAGUACGGAUCAUCAAAUUCUGACCAGUCUUAGCCGAGUUUCUCGACAAUAAGAAGUAAAGAUGCCGGGGGGGGAAAUGCAAAAGGUGUCUUGUCAAGACAUACAACUUGUUAAAGAUCUUAUUGAGCAUCAUCUUCAGCUAUACAUGAAUCAAAAAGAAGUAGUUGAUACACUCUCUCUCCAGGCAAAAAUAGAGCCUAGUUUUACAGAACUUGUUUGGCAAAGACUAGAAAAAGAGAAUCAAGAAUUUUUCAAGGCGUAUCAUGUUAGACUGAUGCUUAAGAACCAAAUAUUGGUAUUCAACAAGCUUCUAGAGAAACAGGUUGAGCUUAUGCACAAAGUAUGUCCAUCUGGUGUUGCUUCUAUGCCUCUUUCUAAUGGCUCUAAUUCUUCCACAUUGCGGCAAACACCAUCAUGCUAUUUGCCAGAACAUGCAUCUAUGUCUUCAAGGUUAGAUAGCAUGCUUUGCAAUGGAGCCACUGCCAGUGCUAUCAUAAAUGAUAGGCCAGCAGGAGAAGGCGUUCAGCUUGGUGGUGAUGCUUCCAUUCUUACUGGGAGCUUGGAAACUUCAACAAGCAUGUUGUCGACGCAGAGCUCGACCAUGGGAAGACUUAUAGGAAUUAAUGGCACAGCUAUAAAGUCAGAACCUACCUAUGCAAGCAAUUCUGAGUUUCCAUUCUGUACUGAUAGUGGUUUCUUAGAAACACACCGACUAAUAGGGGAUGCACCUGCUGGAUCCUUCGGCAACUCAGAGUUGACUGGACAACCAUUAAAUUCUCUACUACUGGAUGAGCCAUUUGGAUUCUUAAGUCAGAUUCCUCAGGAUUUAAGUUUUUCAGAUUUAGCAGAUCAUUUUGCUCAGAGUGCUGGUAUAAUAGAGAAUUAUGGUAGAUCUCUUUUUCUUCCACCUGAAGCAAAUAACUUCUCAGAUUCUCCUGGAGAAUGUAAAGAGGGAGAAAAUAGGAGACUAGAUUCUAUAUCUGAAGGUGUCAAUUACAAGGAUUUUGUGACUGACUGGUGAUCUAAUUGUAUCUGCUUUUAAGGUUGACUGGGCAAUCGAGUUGCAUCUGUACAUAACUUGUGGGUAGACGAGUUCUUGACAUUCUGGCUAUGCCUGUUCGACUGCUGAUGCUUGCAUUCAUUUGAUGAACGCGUAACAAUCCUUGUCUGUUGGUCAGAAGUCAAUAUUUUAUCUUUCAGACGUCUUAUCACAGUGUCGAGAUAUGGAUAUAGGACUUUCAUGUUAUAUGUUUUUAGGUAAAAUACUUUGUGUGUAUCUGUGUUUGUGUCUUCCAUAUGAUAAAAUUCCGUUUAUUUUUUGGGUUUUAUGGGCAGUCCCAUGCAUCCCUUGUUCCUCAUUUUUACAUUGCUAUAUGAAAUGUAUGGACAAGUGGGCAUCUAUCUUCUAAUGGCAUUGCAUCAUCCGUCA